CGGUGGUACUAUGGGGUGGUGCUACGGUACGGUGUUGAGUCUGUUCCAGGGCCUUGGGCAUUGAGUUGGGCUGUUGCGCUGAUUGUGCGGGUCUUCGGGACACAACCGCUGUUACCUACUGUUCAGACAUUUCCGCUCGGUUAGGCUGUGGAGUGGGUGAUACAAUCCGCACCUCAUUAUCCUAGAUAUGUUUAGCUCUGGCCCAAAUUACAACAAGCUUAAGACCAACCUGCGACUGGCUGUCAGCAGGCUGAAACUACUGGAAAAGAAAAAAACGGAGCUGGCACAGAAGGCAAGGAAGGAAAUAGCUGACUACAUUGCAGCAGACAAAGUGGAAAGGGCGAAAAUUCGAGUGGAACACAUCAUCCGUGAAGAUUACCUGGUGGAAGCCAUGGAAAUUGUGGAGUGCUACUGUGAUCUGCUGCUUGCAAGGAUGGGUUUGAUUCAGCAAAUGAAGACGUUGGAUGAGGGGCUGGCAGAGCCCAUUGCGAGUAUCUUGUGGGUCACUCCACGUCUGCAGGCUGAUAUUGCUGAGUUGCAAGUCAUUGCAAGCCAGCUUGGUACCAAGUAUGGACAGGAGUAUGUGCAAGCAUGCAGGGAGAACAGCAUUGGAGCUGUGUCACCAAAACUGAUGCACAAACUGUCAGUCCAAGCCCCACCCAAGAUUUUGGUGGAGAAAUACCUGUGCGAAAUUGCAAGAAACUAUAACGUGGCAUAUGGGCCGGACCCACAAGUGAUGGCAGAGGAUGAAAUGCAUGCUACUGGUGAAAACCUCAUCAACUUCGGUGGCACUGAGGACAGUGGUGCUGGAGGUGGACCCAAGAGCAGUGGUGGAGGAGGAGGAGGAGGAGGUGGGUUUUCAGAACCUCCCAUGGGGGCUUCAGGCAUUGUCCUGCCCACAGUUCCAUCAGAUGCAGUGGCACCUCCUCUGGGAUUUGUUGACCCAUCAACAUUUAAGGCUCCAGGUAGUGCCGGACCAGCCUACCCAGCCCCAGGUCCCGCAUACAGCCCAUAUAAUGUGAACUUCAAUCCUCCAGAAAAGCCACUGAACACCAACUUCAACUACCCAACCCCAGCACCAAGGUCAAAGGUAGAUAAUGCACUGAACUUGCCUGAUGUCCCUGCUGAAUUCAACACAUUUGGGCCACCAGCUUCUGGUACCAACUCAGCACCAACAGGAAACCCAGAUGAAGAAGCCAACUUUGAUGACUUGACAAAGAGGUUUGAAGCCUUGAAGAAAAGGAAGUAGUCAUAGUGGGUGAUGGAAAGAAAUGUAUGCAUAUGCUUUCACCAAGAUGUGUUGAUGCAGC